AUUUACCUGAUCACCAUAGGUGUGAUGGAUGCGAUAUGGGCAGGACAAUACUACUUGCAUGACUAUAGCUGGCGUUCGAGUCUGUUAUGCCAGAUAACUGGCGCAAUCGCAGUGUUAUCAAGCGAGUUGGAAACAGAUUGUGGGUCCAGGCGAUGUCAGCCAAUACCCAGCGAGAGACAGCUCUUGCCAAACGGGUGUUUUUCAUCAUCCUGACUGACUGCAUCUGCUGGAUGCCAGUCAUUGUUAUUGGACUCAGGUCCCUUGUGGAAAAGUCGUUCAGGACACCAGGAGAUCUUGCCGUGUGGAUCGCAGUGUUUGUUCUCCCAUUCAACUCCGCCAUCAAUCCAAUCCUAUACACCUUGUCCACCACACAGGUUCGAGAUGUUCUCAAAGCAAAAUGGCAACAGCUGUGCAACUAUUUCAUGGCAAAGUGUAGUCGAACGCAAACCGGAGAAGAUGUGAGAGAUCCGGGUCACGGUCAGGCUUUGGAGAUGAGGACUUUCGGAGCUGCUGGAGGGGAAGAGGCCGAGGAGGAACUUGAAAAAGACCAAGAGGAGGUCCAUAAACAUGAUCACCCAUGUCUAGAACAUACUGAGCCCCAAGAUACAUGUAAAUGGAAGCUGAACACAAAACACAGAAAGCCUGCCAAGCCAGAACAGCCUGAAACUGAGCCUACCGACUCUACCGACAAAAUAACACCACACCCAAAGGAGACAGAGACUAAAGAUCAUAAACAGUCCCAUAAAGAUGUUGCAGCAAAUUCUGAAUAUGAAGAGUUACCGACAGAUUUUCAAGGGGAUCAAGACCAAUCUACUGAUGAAGUUGAAAUCCAGCAAGACCCAGAGAGUGAUGAUAGCGAUGACAGUAAUGACGAGUCCAAAGAUCAAAGUGAGCAUGAGAAAAUCGUAGAGCACACCAAUCAUGAAGAGCCUGAGGAGAGAGAUGAGACUGAAGAGGUUGAAAAAGCACAGGAUAAACACGAGGAUCCAUCAGAGAAGAAAGACGAACCUGAAAAGCAAGAAGAAGAAUCUGAAGAACAGCACGAAGAUGACGUCGAAGACGAGCCUGACAAGCCAUUAAGCUGGAAAAGACGAACAGUUUAUCGUGAAUAAGGGUAUGUUUAAUAACCCUCUGCUUCUUCUGAAAAAUAAGAACUUUGAUAUAUUGAGAUCUUUUCACCAAUUUAGAGGACUAAUGGUAAACAACCUCUCAUCAUCAUACCUUGCACAAAUUGUUAGUUUCUCAAAUUUCGUCACCUUGUUUUCCUUGCUAAAUUACGUAAAAUGGUUUAUUCGAACGGUUAAAGAGUUUUUACACUACGG